UACACACCCGCCCGGGGGGGCGUGGCCACCGCGCCUCUUUAUCAAUGAACGGCUCGGCCACGCCCCUCAGCGCCCACCAACCCCGCGCAGGCGCGCGCGGGGGAGGCGUGGCCAGCGGGGGGAGUGCCCAAUGGGAAGGCGUGGCCCCGCUGGCGCAGGCGAGGGGGCGUGGCCGGGGUGGGGCGUGGCCCCGCGGCCCCGCGCCGCCGGACUGGGCGCGAUGGGCCCGGGCUGGCGGGCGGCCUCGGCGGCGCUGGUGGGCGGCAGCGUGGCGAUCUUCGGGGCUCUGCGCCGCCUGGCCCUGGCCGUGCCGCAGCCCGCCGCCGUAAGGAGCCGUCCCGGCCGCGUCUGGCGCUGGAGGAAUCUCCUCGUGUCUUUCGCACACUCCGUGCUGGCGGGGCUAUGGGCCCUCUUCAGCCUCUGGCACGCUCCGGAGCUGCUCUCCGACAUCCAGGACGGCUACAGCGUCUCAGGGCACCUGCUGGUCUGCUUUUCCUCAGGCUACUUCAUCCACGACACCCUUGACAUCAUCUUCAACCAUCAGUCCCGCUCCUCUUGGGAGUACCUGGUGCACCAUGCCAUGGCCAUCUCUGCCUUCGUCUCACUCAUCAUCACAGGCCGCUUCCUGGUGGCAGCGGUGCUGCUGCUGCUGGUGGAGGUGAGCAACAUCUUCCUCACGGUGCGCAUGCUGCUGAAGAUGAGCAACGUGCCUUCCCCGGCGCUCUACGAGGCCAACAAAUACAUCAACCUGGUGAUGUACUUCGCCUUCCGCCUGGCGCCCCAGGCUUACCUCACCUGGUACUUCCUCCGCCACGUGGAGGUGCAGGGCCAGGGUGCCUUCCUCACUGCCAACCUCCUGCUGCUCGACGCCAUGAUCCUCAUGUACUUCUCCCGCCUCCUCCGCUCUGAUUUUUUCCCCUCCCUGCGCAAAGGCUCUGCGGGGAGAGAUGUAGAUGGUGAGAAGUUUCUGAUAGACUGAGAUGUGCGCGCCGAGGGGGACCCGGCCUCCGGCUCCUGGAAGUUUUGGGCUCUCCAAAGCUGCUCUGAUGUGCCUUAGGGCUUUCUCCCUGGCCCCAGGCCCUGCCUUCACCCGCUCUGCUGCCUAAAAGCGCUUCCCUGCUGGACCAGCCCGACAGCUUCGCCGAGCUGCGGGGAUGCUGCUGAAGCCAGAGGCACGGCCGAUGGAGAAGCAGCCCAAGCCGGCUUCCCUGCAGGCAGCUGGAGGGCCAGGGGUGGCUGUGCUUUGCAGCUGAUGCCUGGAAGGGUUGUGAGGGAGGGGAGGAGUCCCUCCCGUGGUGAUGUCGGGUGUUCUGUGCAUUAAAAUCGGUCUAUUUACUGCUGCCGCAGCACA